GAUCUCAGCACAGGAUAUAAACAGCUGAGCAGCACUUAGAUGCAGUGUUUGAGAUUUGCCAGCUAGAAAAAAGUUUAAGAAUUCUACUACCUUGAAUUAAGAACCACAGACUUAUUAAUUCACAAUGGUUGCGGCUGUUGGAAAAUGUUUGAAGCAGAUUCCCAAGACUUCAUUUCAUCUGUGUUUAUUGAGCCUUAUUUGUUAUGAAUUUACCAUGCUGAAAUGUGUUGAAGGGUGGACAUACCACUACUCUUCUGAUAAAAUGAAUUGGCAAAAUGCAAGGAAAUGGUGCCAAGACCACUACACUGAUAUGGUUGCAAUCCAGAACCAGGAAGAAAAUGUCUAUCUCAAUAAGGUGAUUCCAUUUGUCAGUGGAUAUUACUGGAUUGGGAUUAGGAAAAUAAAUGAAACCUGGACCUGGGUGGGAACCAACCAAACACUCAGUGGAGGAGCAGAGAACUGGGCUGAAAAUGAACCCAAUAAUGGUAAAACCGCUGAGGAUUGUGUAGAGAUUUAUAUACAAAGACAAAAUGAUUCUGGAAAAUGGAAUGAUGAACCUUGUAAGAAAGAAAAAACUGCAUUGUGCUAUACAGCUGCUUGCCAUGCAUCUUCAUGCAGUGGCCAUGGUGCAUGUAUAGAAACGAUCAAUAAUUACACUUGCAAGUGUCAUGAAGGAUUCUAUGGACCCAAAUGUGAAAACGUUGUGGACUGUGCCGCCAUGAAGAAACCCCAAAAAGGGUUUAUGGAUUGCUCUCAUCCUUUUGGAUUGUUUUCUUAUAACUCUGCCUGUGACUUCAGCUGUGAAGCGGGAUACAAAUUAAAUGGCUCAGACAGGGUCCAGUGCACAGCUUCCAAAGAGUGGACAUCGCAGUCUCCUGUAUGUGAAGCUCUUGGGUGCAACACUCUUACAGCACCUCAGAAUGGUGAUAUGGUUUGCUCUCAUCCGUUUGGCAAUUUCAGCUUUAAAAGCACCUGUGAAUUUAACUGUGAGGAAGGUUACUCACUCGCUGGAUCUAGCAAACUUGCCUGUACUUCAUCAGGGAAAUGGGAUGAAGAUCAACCACAAUGUGGAGCUGUGAAGUGCCACUCACUGGAAGCCCCCCAGAACGGCAGCAUGAACUGCUCUGACUUCAGGUACAACUCCAGCUGCCAGUUCAGCUGUGCGGAGGGGUUUGAUUUGAAGGGAGCCGAGAGUCUGACCUGUAGAGCAUCUGGGCAGUGGACAGGAGAGCCUCCACAAUGUGAAGCUAUUAAAUGUGAAAGUCCAAAGACAGUUGUCCACGGGGUUUUGAACUGCACCCAUCCCAUUGAGAGUCUCGUCUACAACUCAACCUGCCAGCUCAGCUGCGAGGAGGGGUUUGUGUUAAACACCACAGGAAGUCUUCAAUGUACAGCUUCUGGGAAGUGGAGUGUAGAAACACCAACCUGUAAAGCUGUCGCCUGUUCUUCUCUGACACAACCAGACCACGGCAACAUGGUUUGCUCCUCUCCCACCGGAGAAUUCAGCUACAAUUCCAGUUGCAAGUUUACCUGUGAAGAUGGGUUCACACUAACAGGAGCUGACAGGUUACAGUGCACUGCUUCUGGGCAAUGGAAAGGGCAGACCCCAAAAUGUGAAGCUGUGAAGUGCCACACACUGGAAGCCCCCCAGAACGGCAGCAUGAACUGCUCUGAAUUCAGGUACAACUCCAGCUGCCAGUUCAGCUGUGCGGAGGGGUUUGAUUUGAAGGGAGCCGAGAGUCUGACCUGUAGAGCAUCUGGGCAGUGGACAGGAGAGCCUCCACAAUGCGAAGCUAUUAAAUGUGAAAGUCCAAAGACAGUUGUCCACGGGGUUUUGAACUGCACCCAUCCCAUUGAGAGUCUCGUCUACAACUCAACCUGCAAGCUCAGCUGCGAGGAGGGGUUUGUGUUAAACACCACAGGAAGUCUUCAGUGUACAGCUUCUGGGAAGUGGAGUGUAGAAACACCAACCUGUAAAGCUGUAACAUGUAAUCCACUGACAGUGCUGAAGAAAGACUUCAUGAACUGCUCUCAUCCAUUUGAGCACUUUGGUUACAAGUCGAAAUGUUCCUUUUACUGUCCAGAAGGACAUUUGAGUGGAUCAAGUAGUUUGGAGUGCAACUCUUCUGGGAAGUGGACAGCAGAAAUACCAAUAUGCAAAGAAGUGUUCGAAGAUUACAGAAAUAUCGGCCUGGCUGCUGCGUCAGCUAGUCUGUUAUUUGGGCUGACUUUCAUAAUAUGGCUUGUGAAGCGCCUUCAGAAAGCUAAGCAAUUUGAUUUAGAAAGGUGUGCAGAUUACUGAAUAUCGAACCUAACAACCGUGCUGGAAUGCGUAAAUUGUGAAAACAACACAUGAAAUGAGAAAAUACCCAACUUCAGUAAUUUGAUGAUUAUAUGGAGCUGCUUCAUAUUAUUUAGCACUGUGUGCUUAGGAAAAUGACGUAUGCUACUUAAAGAAAUAUGAAAACGUGGCAUUAGAUGAUCUACUGUUUUGAAUAUUGCAAUAUCUGUAUGAAUGUAACCAAACCUCAUGAUCAUAUUCUAGCUUAACAAUAAUUUAUUUUGUAUUGUUCAUUAUUUAUUUGUAAGACUAUUUGUAUAUAUUGUAAUAAUGGUAUGUGAAUUCUUUGAUAAUCAAUGUUGUAAAAAAUAAGGUAAAUGUGUGAUUUGUGAACUAAAAUAAAAUGUCAUUUUUUUUACUGA